CCCGCCCCCCGCGCGGGUCGUCUCGGUAGCGCUGCGACGGCGGUAUGGAGGGCGAGAGCACGUCGGCGGUGCUCUCCGGCUUUGUGCUCGGCGCGCUCUCCUUCCAGCACCUCAACACCGACUCGGACACGGAAGGUUUUCUCCUUGGGGAAGUGAAAGGUGAAGCCAAGAAUAGCAUUACUGACUCCCAAAUGGAUGAUGUUGAAGUUGUUUAUACAAUUGACAUUCAGAAAUAUAUUCCAUGCUACCGGCUUUUUAGCUUUUAUAAUUCUUCAGGUGAAGUAAAUGAGCAUGCACUGAAGAAAAUAUUUUCAAGUGUCAAAAAGACUGUGGUAGGUUGGUACAAAUUCCGUCGACAUUCAGAUCAGAUCAUGACAUUUAGAGAGAGACUGCUUCACAAAAACUUACAGAAGCAUCUUUCAAGCCAAGAACUUGUUUUUCUGCUGUUAACACCAAGUAUAAUAACGGAAAGCUGUUCUACUCAUCGGCUGGAACAUGCUUUAUAUAAACCUCAAAAAGGACUGUUUUAUAGGGUCCCUUUAGUGGUUGCCAAUCUGGGCAUGUCUGAACAGCUGGGUUAUAAAACUGUAUCAGGUUCCUGUAUGUCCACUGGUUUUAGAAGAGCAGUAAAAACACACAGCUCUGAAUUUUUUAAAGAAGAUGGAUCUUUAAAGGAGGUACAUAAGAUAAAUGAAAUGUAUGCUUCACUACAAGAAGAAUUAAAGACUGUAUGCAAAAAAGUAGAGCAAAGUGAACGAGAAGUAGAGAAAUUAAUAAAGGAUGUAAACAGAUUAAAACAAGAAAUUAAAAAAAGGCAACAAGCACAGAUUCAGGCAGCACGAGAGAAGAAUGUCCAAGAAGACCCUCAGGAGAACAUUUUGCUUUGUCAAGCUUUACAGACCUUUUUUCCAGACAGUGAAUUUCUUCAUUCUUGUGUUAUCUCUUUGACCAAUAGGCAUAUUUCUAAAAGUAGGUGUAACACCAACCACCAUCUGGAUGUGGUUGACAACCUGACCUUAAUGGUAGAGUAUACCCAUACUCCUGAAGCUAGCCCAGCUAGUACACCACCAACAACUAAGCGAAAAGCUAUAGACAUAGAGGACAGAUGGAAAAUGAAGAAAUCACGAUUGUUAAAGAGAGAACACAAACUAUCUAAGACAGGUACUGAUAGUAGUAACCAAGAAAAAGCAUCCACAACCAGUAGCCCAGAAACAGAUGAAGAGAUUGAGAAAAUGAAGGGUUCUGGUGAAUAUCCACUGUCUCCCACAUUUUGAUCCUUUUAACCCAAAAUAAGACUUUUGAUUUGGUCGAAGGGUAAAGACAAAUGUUUAUUAUUUUUAUUAUAUUCAGCUGUUCAUAGUAAUACAUGGAUAAUGUAUUUUGUUUUUACUAUGUUUACCUUUUUACAGUACUACAUAGACAAGUUCUACUGCAUUUAUUUUAUAAAGUACUUCCAAAAAUA